AGUUUACGCACAGUUACUGCCUUCAAGCAGCUCUGUAAAGACUCUGAGUGCAUACAAAAUGGCAUCCAAGCAGCUCUGUUUGAGGUUAAUAGGGCUGGCUGUAUUGAUGACAAUGUUGACACUUAGAGAUGCAGCCGGUGAUAGCAGCUUGCACAAGAUCUUAAAGAAAAGAGAUGUGGCAGGACCUGGUACUGCCCUAUCAAAGUCAUCUGUUGCCGUCCCUCCUUCUAAGGCUCAAGAGUUCCUGGCAAAGCUAAGCAGAACCAAGAGGAACAUUUGGGAUCGCAGCAGACCGGACGUACAGCAGUGGAUUAUGCAGUUUAUGUACAUGGGAUUUGAUGAGCAGAGGCUGGAGGCUGACCUGUCGUACUGGAUGGACCUAGCACGCUCCAGUGACCAAGGGCGUCAGCAUCACUAUGAUGAAAAUUCCCCCAUCGGCCCGCGUGACCCCAGUUCUUACAGACACGGAGCAAAUGUCAACUAUGACUACUAUUAACUCCAGUCAUACACAAACACAGACCACUGCUUCUGUGAAUGGUUAAAGGGGUUUUGUUUCUUUGUGUAAGUCAGUCCUCUGCCUUAUCUUUAGAAGAACACAGUCUGUGACAGUUUGUUAGUCUUACACCUGCCACACAGCUGCUUUGGCAUCUUUGUCUUGAUUCGAUACAGCCACCAGUGUAACCCAUUCUCUGCUCCGUCUCUCCAUCCCCACAUAUUAGAUACAACAGUGGACACUGUCUUGGCUCUCGUCUGGCACUAUUGUAAAUAAAAAUGUGGCUUUGAA